GCUGGGAGCUGCAAUGCACUAUCCAGUGCUCCCUCUAUCCACACUAAUUCUCUCCUCCUCUUUCCUGCAUCUUCUAUUGCUGAAUGGAUGGGGUUUCUCCUGGUUAGGCACAGUUCACAAGGGUCCAAAAAAGAGUGUAUCAGUGGCUGUGCUGGUUCCCCCUCCCAGCCUUACAGAGUGUGCCUCUUCUGAUGUGUCAGUCUGCUGAGUGCUGGCAAGAGGGGAGCAGAUUGUUAAAGGCUGGCUGUGCACAAGACCUCUCUCUCCCUCUCUCUUAUUUCUAUGCUAGCAACAAACUUGAAGAAUCUUCAAAAGCAGGAAAAGCUGCUCACCUACUGGAUAUUAUUUAAUUCAUUGAACUUCUUGCCUAGGAUAGCAAAUACACACAGCCUCAGCCUCCCCAAUGGAUUGUAUCUGCAUGUAUGGAAUAUUUGUUUGCUUUCUAUUUUCUGUCUGCUGCCUGCCUGUGGAUUCCUUCUUUACAAAAGAAUCUCUCUCUGGAAAACUAAGUGAAUAUGGUGUGAUUGUCCCCUUCAGCACAGAUCACCUGGGUAGAUAUCUGUCCCACGUGGUAUCUACAACCAGAAGUCACAGCGACUGGGUAAACUCAGAACAUCAGAGGGUGGCCCGCAGCGCCCCAGAUCCAUCAGGAAGUCAUGCCAUUGAUCAGUGGUUAUUCUUUAAUGUCACCAUUUUUGGGAAACAACUGCAUCUGCGCCUUAAGCCAAAAACUCGUCUGGUUUCUCAUGGGGCCACAGUAGAGUGGCAGGAGGAUUUCCAGGAGAUAUCUCAGGAGACUAUCCAGGCUGGAUGUGUGUAUACAGGAGGUAUCACAGACAUGCCAGACGCUACUGUAGCCAUUAGCAAUUGUGACGGACUGGCUGGCAUGAUCAGGACAGACGUCAGUGAGUUUUUCAUUGAGCCCCUAGAGAAGGGACGUCAAGAUGAAGAGGUGAAUGGACGAGCUCAUGUGGUCUACAGAAGAUCUGCUGUUCAACAUGAAAGUCCUGGAAGACAUGAGGAGGCCCACAAUGAAGUUGCACAGACUGGGGUAGGGGAUCUUCCUCGUGUACUGGAUCUAUUGCAAGAUGGCUUACCAGAAAAUGGCAGAAGGAAACGACACGCAAAGAAGGGUGACUAUAACAUUGAAGUCUUACUGGCUGUGGAUGAUUCUGUUGUGCGAUUUCAUGGAAAAGAACACGUGGAGAACUACGUCCUCACCCUCAUGAACAUAGUUGAUGAAAUUUACCACGAUGAAUCUUUAGGUGUGCAUAUCAACAUAGUGCUGGUCCGGAUGAUUAUGGUUGGCUACAGACAGUCAAUCAGUCUGAUUGAAAGAGGAAACCCAUCUCGGAGCCUUGAGCAAGUGUGUCGAUGGGCACAUUCCCAGCAGCGUUCAGACCCGGACCACGCAGAGCACCAUGAUCACGCCGUCUUCCUCACCAGGCAAGAUUUUGGUCCUGCAGGUAUGCAAGGUUAUGCACCAGUUACUGGCAUGUGUCACCCACUGCGCAGUUGUACACUUAAUCAUGAGGAUGGCUUCUCCUCUGCAUUUGUGGUUGCCCAUGAGACAGGCCACGUAUUAGGUAUGGAACAUGAUGGGCAGGGGAACCGAUGUGCUGAUGAGACCAGUAUGGGCAGCAUUAUGGCACCACUCGUGCAGGCAGCAUUUCAUCGAUACCACUGGUCCAGAUGCAGCAAGCAGGAACUAAAUCGAUAUAUACACUCCUAUGAUUGUCUUCUUGAUGACCCCUUUGAACACAAAUGGCCAAAACUCCCUGAACUUCCUGGAAUCAAUUACUCUAUGGAUGAGCAAUGCAGAUUUGACUUUGGGGUGGGCUACAAGAUGUGUACGGCUUUUAGGACAUUUGACCCAUGCAAGCAGCUGUGGUGCAGUCACCCGGACAACCCAUACUUCUGUAAAACCAAAAAGGGUCCCCCGCUUGAUGGCACAGAAUGCGCUCCUGGAAAGUGGUGUUUUAAAGGUCAUUGCAUUUGGAAGUCCCCAGAGCAGUCUUACAGCCAGGAUGGAGGAUGGGGGUCCUGGUCCAGAUUUAGUUCUUGCUCAAGAACCUGCGGGGGAGGCGUACGAUCACGUAGCAGACACUGCAAUAACCCACCCCCUGCAUAUGGCGGCCGUGAUUGCCUUGGUCCCACUUAUGAAUACCAGAUAUGUAACAGCGAGGAAUGUCGAGGACCGUUUGAGGACUUUCGUGCCCAGCAAUGCUCCCAACGAAACUCAUACUAUACUCACCAGAACACCAAGCACACCUGGCUACCAUAUGAGCACCAUGAUGAUGCCCAGAAGUGUGAGCUGAUUUGCCAGUCCAAAGAGACGGGCGACGUGGUCUUCAUGAACCAGGUAGUGCAUGACGGGACUCGGUGCAGCUACAAAGAUCCCUAUAGCGUCUGCGCCAGAGGAGACUGUGUGCACAUUGGGUGUGACAAGGAAAUAGGGUCAAUGAAAGAAGAAGACAAGUGCGGUGUCUGCGGAGGGGACAACUCUCAUUGUCGUACAGUUAAAGCAACAUUAGUAAAGAUCCCAAAACAGAAUGCUGGUCUACUAAAGAUAGCAGAUAUUCCCGCAGGAGCCCGACACAUCCAGAUAGAGGCGACAGAACCAUCGGCAAACAACCUUGCUAUUAAAAACCAAGUUACUGGGCAAUUUAUCCUGAACAUGAAAGGCAAGGAUACCAAAUCAAAGACCUUUAUAGAGAUGGGCUUAGAGUGGGAUUAUGCGGCUGAGGAUGGCAAAGAGAGUGUUAAAACCAGUGGCCCCCUGCAUGAACCCAUUGACAUUAUGGCCAUACCCCAGGAGGAGGAAGGAAAAAUCAGCCUGAUGUACAAGUACAUUAUUCACGAGGACCUCCUGCCCAUGCUCGGCAGCAAUAAUGUCCUAUUGGAAGAGAUGGAGUCAUAUGAGUGGGCCCUGAAAAGCUGGUCCCAAUGCUCUAAAGCCUGCGGGGGAGGUAUUCAGUACACCAAGUAUGGUUGUAGACGAAAGGGAGAUAACAGAAUGGUUCAUCGCAACCUUUGUGAUAAUAGCAAAAAGCCAAAACCGAUACGUAGACGAUGUAACCUGCAUGAAUGUUCACAGCCUGGUUGGGUUGCAGAGGACUGGGCAGCCUGCAGCAAAUCGUGUGGCAAGCUGGGUGUUCAGAGCAGAGUGGUUCAGUGUAUCCAACGUCUACAGAAUGGGACAAACAGGACUGUGCACACCAAGUACUGUACUGCUGAGCGGCCAGAAUCCCGGCGCUCAUGUAAUCGAUUAUCUUGUCCAUCACAGUGGAGAACUGGCGCCUGGUCUCAGUGUUCUUCGAGCUGCGGUGAGGGAAUCCAACAACGCCAAGUGGUGUGUAAGGCGAGUGAUAAUGUCAUAGGGCAGUGCGAUGGCGACAAGCCGGAAACCAUACAGGUCUGCAAGAUGGCAUCAUGCCCGGGAAAAUCUCCAGGUCUCACUCCUCGCACAGAGAGCAGUUACCCGGUUACUCCAAAAGCUCCGUGGGUACCACCAGAAAACUCCCCAAAGAACCCAGUCAACAAGAUAUCCUCAAAAGAGUCAUGCCAAGGUGACAAAUCCAUAUUCUGUCAGAUGGAAGUUUUGGCGCGUUACUGCUCUAUUCCUGGCUACAAUAAGCUAUGCUGUGAAUCAUGUGGCAAGAAGGUUGUUCCUACCAACUUCACCCCAAUUUCAGAGCAUGCAGCUCUGGAGCUUAGAGCCCCGGAAGGGGCAGUUAUGCCCAGUCCCAUCCAACCUGUAACGGUGGCACCAACAUCCGCAAGCAGGUUUACUGAGGCAGGAGCAGGUGAUGCCUCAUUGGAUGGACCCCUCGCUGUUCAUGGAUUCCAGCACACUGUGAAGGUAUCAGCAUCCAAUAAUACCAAUAUGAGGCAACCCCCAAUUCAUCAACCAAGCAAUAAUACAUCUGAUGCGCAUCAAGGAAAGCAAAUAGUACAAGGUUUUGUGGAUAAUCGUGCAGUGCAUUGGAAUAAAACAUUAGUCAAUAAGCAAAUCAGAGCAAGUUCUUUGGUGUCUUCUGGUGUAAUAAGACAAAGAAGGGAAGAUUAUAAAGCUGCCCAGAGGGGAUCCAAUGGCAAAACCACACUGGUGGUAACAUGAGUCUAGACUUAUCCACCAGACACUAGAGGUGCUGUGUGGAUUCAUUGGGAAAAGACUAUUUUCGGACAAAAGAUGAAAGAACAAAGGCUUUUUUGUAUUUGCCUGUAGCACUUUUUAAGUCAUGAAAAAAUGACUAAAGUUUGUAUGCUAAAAUAAUUUCAAAUUUCUGGGCAUUAAGACAUUGUGGCCCAGUAAUCGUUACCUCAUGAUGCAUCUCGGAUGCGUAUACUGUCAUAAGGGUGCUACCAACUGGAUUUCAAGCAAAAAUAAAUAAAAGGAAAAUAUCUCUGUACAUCUCACCUUGAUUCUAGCUAACAGGUGCUCUAUAUGACAUAUAGACUACAAGGAAGGUGAAAUGUGGUGCUUUUUUUAAUAUGAAUGGGCACAGUUAGUCCCCGUAUUCUUGAUGGAAGUGUUGCUGUAUUUUGUAUUUUAUUUACCUCAAUGAAAUUGGGUCAUUUGCAGUGAACUGCAGUGAAAUAUUUUGAUUUUGUAAACUCCUACAUGUCUUCAAGCGUACUCCAACACACCACGCUAAGACUGCUGUCAUUUAAGAUUUAUUAAAUUGGUGCAAACAUUGGGUUUACCUUGUUAUAUAUAAAAAGCUGCUCAAACACCAAACCCCAAUGCUUCUGGCCUUACUUGGAUUGUGCAAUUGUUGCUAGCAGAUUAAGCAAUUUCUAGAUACACAUUUGGGUUUGUUCUUUUUGGACACAAAGUCACAGAGAACACUGUUGUUGCAAAACGUUUUUUGCAUUAUGUUCCCCGUAGACAUCAAGACCUGUUUGUGUAUAAAGUAUGCUGUCUAGCAGUCUCCAUAGCUAGUAGUGCGUACAAAGAAGCGAAAAUCCCACUUGCUGCCUCUGUAUAUCAGUGCUUGACUGUUGUGUUUUCAGCACUGAGAGUUUGAUACAACAGGAUGAGAAAAGUAAAGCUGAACGACUUGACCAGCCAGUGCUUAUAAGUGAUGUGCCAUUGGCAUCUGCCAAGAUCUCCUAUGGUAAAGCCAGUCCUAUCUAGAUAGUGUCAUAAAUGUAUUCAAAAUCAUUUCUUUGUAUUGGGGCUUUUAUCAUUUUAUUUGUAUAGAUUAGUAUGGUCAUUUGUUUAAUGCUGGUCUUCAUACAACAUUAUUUCCGGGGAGGGGGUCUAUGUGGCAACAUCCAAAGAAGAUUGUUUGGUUAAAUUAAAAAAAAUCAGAUUACCUGUUUAUAUGCAAGGGAGUAAUCUGUAUAUAAACAGUGUUUGAAAUGAAAAUAAAAUGCAUAUGAAAUGAUUGUAAAUAUGA